AUGGACCUUAAACUUUCACAAAUAAAGCGCGCGGGUAGGGGUUGGCCGGUUCCUUUUGGUUUAGUUAUGAAAAGAAUCGGAAUUGAACCAAGAUGCAAUGAUUCUUCUAAUAAUGGAUCCAUUAGAUUCAUUACCAGUCUACAUAAAGCCAGUUUGGUCAGGAAUUUCAGAAACACUUUCAGUCUCUAUAAUCAGUUCUAUUAUAAACUACAAAGAGAAGUGUGUGUUUUACCAGUUGUGGAUUCACCAAUUAUAAUCAAAACCUUAAAGUACAAUUCCCCUCAGCAGCCAAUGUUUAGUGUUGUAGAUACUUCUCUUCAUUACAGAUCUGUUGUUCAAGAAAAUAACUUUACAGAUGUAUCCUUUUCAUCCUACCUCAAACCCAAAGAUACUAAACAGAAUUCCCAAGAAAAUGAUACUGAGAUAAGCAUUUUUGAUGCCCAGAAGUACUUCAGUGAAAACAAUGAUCCAAAAGAUAGAAAAAUUUCUAUUACAAGUCAGAAAGAUGCGUCAGAGCCAUCUGAUGCAGUAUCAGUUCCAAGAUUGUCAUCAGUUUCUUCUAUUGAUGGAUAUGGAAGGAAUUUUCAAGCACGAUCUUUCCAUGCUACGCCUACAGCAUCGUCUGAGGCCAGUUGGAAUAGCCAGACGGGGCUUUUGGCGAAUUCUCCAGGUUCCAUUGCAGUUAAGCUGAAGAAUUUUCCACCUGAUCAUGGCCAGAAAAGAAGUUCUAAUGCCAAAAAAUGGACUUUUGGGAGAAAAUGUUGCUGCAGUGGGAAGAAAUGUGUACAAGUUAAAGAAGAAAGAUCGGACUCAGAACGUGUUGUGUAUGCAAAUAGAGAGAGCCAUAAGUCCAGAGAUAUGGCAGGAAAGGCAAGAAAUAUGUCCCUCAAAAAUUCAGUUCCAAACGAAAUGAGGGAAAUGCAACAGAAAGUGACAUCAAACCCUCAAAAGAUUUCAUCAGAGAAUCAUUUUGCAUCUACCCCGGCAUUUCCACAACGCGUAUCAUUAUCAGGAAGGCCUUUUGGUGAUGGCACCGGGGGGUUUUCUUUCCCUAUUUUGAGCCCUUCUAUCCCGGCUACUGUGCCUACGUUGAAAGGAAUAAGUCCAAAACUAGUUAGUCCAUUAGAAGAUCCACCUCGCGACUCGUUGGAAGUUUUCCAACCAACAAGGACAUCAAUUUCUAGAACUCCAAUGGAUCCUCAACGAGGUCUAAUUGGAGGUUUUACAAUGCCAGGAAGCCCCAUAUCUCGAGUUGCAGCCACAGACGACGAUGUGGGAAGUGAUGCAAGUUCAGAUUUAUUUGAAAUUGAAAGUUUUUCGACUCAAACAACAUCAUAUCCAAUGUAUCGAAGGAGGGAUUCGCUUGAUGACAAUCCUACAUUCAAUGCAAGAAGAUUCGUAUCUUCCAAUGGCAGUGAAAGUACUUUUUACGGCAGGAGGAGUCUGGAAGAGCAUCAAACACCGAGCAUUACUGCAACCGAGUGUUGCGCACCAAGUGAAGUCAGCGUCGACUGGAGUGUCACCACCGCCGAGGGCUUUGACAGAGCAAGUGUAACCAACUUCUCCAUCUCUGCCUCAGAAAUUGGACAUGUAGCAUUUUUACGGCAAAGAUUGGAGGAGAAAAAUGGCGAAGCCACCUGCAGCCACGGCACUGCUGGCAAUGAAGCUAAGAGGAAGGGGAACGGAUUAUUGAGCUGUCGACAUGAGAAGGCGGUGAGCGUGGGGCCACAGCCCGUAAAACUCGUGCCGGAUGGCCUACCGUUGCCAUUGAUUUCCACAACAGGCCACAUGAAUGGUAGGCCACAGAAAGCAAAUAAGCCACCACUUGCAAGUUCUUACUCUACUGGCUUGUCACUUGCUUUUGCAGCAUGAGAUUUGAAAAGCCUUAUCAAUAGCACGAGAACGUGUCUAUCGUCCAUUCAGGUUGUUUUUUCAAGUCUUUUUAAUGUUUUAUGAGUUCAAAUGAGUAAUAAAUUAUAAGCAGAGUGUAAUUUAUUUGAUGAUUCUUUUUGAAAAUUCCUAGUACAUAUCUAAAAUUGAUUCGAUUUUAGGAUUGGAUUAUUGAAGUUGAAAUUUUUGUUUUGAUUCAAGUACUUCAGCAUUGAUAGAUGGGAUAAGAUUAUGGUAUCCUUUUGAAGCAUGUUAAAAUCUUGUUUGAACAGUUUUAAUCUAAGAUUUCAAUUCUUUCUUCGGAGUUAAAUUUGUGGAUUUCCAGACAAUUUACAUUGACAAUGUAGAAAUCUUGGAUAAACUCUUACAUGGUAUGCAGAA